AACGUCAUCGUCAUCAAAUAACUAAAAAUUUGACGCGCACAGCAAUUAGUGUCAAAGAGCUGCUGCUUAAAAGUCUUGUACACGAAAAAGACAAGACAGACAGGAGAAACAUUUACUUUACCGCCCCACGCCGUUGCCGUUGCUUAGCCAUUCUCGCUCUGGCAAGGAGUUUCCGUCACGUUGGCAGAGAUCAACUGUCUGCACCAUGGCUAAACUCGUGAAUAUGUGGCAAGGUUAUCAUCCGGCCGCUCUCGAAGACAAGCAAAUGCCGCUUAUCGUCGACGAGAAUCUCGCCAUGAUUAUGGAUAUUAGUGGAUUGAAAGCUUUGCGAGAGAGUCCGUUGGUUCAAGGAAGACAGCUGGAUGAAUUUUCAAAGAAAUUAAAUUUACUUACCAUGGAUGAGAAGAGAGCAUCUUUUGAAGUCUCUUGCAAAGAUAUGUUAGGUGUAUUAGAUCAAACUGUUCCUUGCAUUGGUUGUCGAAGAAGUGUGGAGAGAUUAUUCUAUGAUUUAAGUAACUUACAUAGUCAUCCAGCUUUGGAUCCAAUCAUUAUUACAGAAGAUGGAAUGCUUACAAUAAAAGAUGAAGUUCUUCAAUCACCACAAAGAUUAUGCACAUUACUUCAAGGGCACAGCACCAGAUUGAAUGAUUUGGUAGAGCAGCAACCACGUAAUAAAAAGUCUCGCCGAUGUACUUUGCAUUCUUUAGAAGUACAGCGUAUGAGACCUCCUCCUAAUGCCUGGAGAGAAGUGUGGAACUGUAUGGAGCAUGAUUGUUUGAAAGAAAUUACUUUUAUUGAUUCUGAUACAUUAGAUGCUACUCUAGACACCUAUUUGCGUAAGCACAAAUUUUGUUCAGAAUGCCGCACUAAAGUACUAUUAGCUUCAUCAUUAUUAACUAAUGAGACUGAUCCAACUAAAGAAAAGGGUUAUGUCAGCGCUUUGUAUGCAGAUAUCAAACGUUGUUCGGGUGGUCACGUUCAUCUUCCACUAAAUACUGAGUAUAUUAGUUCAAUAAUUGGCAGAGCACAACCUGAACUUAUGGGAAGAGAACGUCAUGCAAAAACUUUGGAAAUUGCUCAAGAAGAAGUUCUUACGUGCCUUGGAAUUUGUGUGGCAGAGCGUUUGAACAGAGUAUAUCGACGCCUUAAAGAAGAGGAAAUUAUUGUUAGAGUAUUAGCUGCUGUAGCUGUAGAUACACUUUCUAGGAAUUUUCAGAUGGCUGUUGAAAUCAAACAAGGAAUAACGCAGUUAGAAGUGCUUUAUAAUGAAUUCAAAAGAGAGGAAGUAGCUAAACAGCAGAGACGUGAAAAAUUACGACUUAAAAGAAAAAAGAAGAAGGAGCGUCGCUCUGAAGUUGACGAUAAAGAAAAUGAAGCAGAAGAUAAAGAAGAAAAUGAGGAUAAAGGAGGUCUAUGUGAUUGCCUACAAAGUGAAGCAAAAGUAAACAAUCUGAAAAAUAUAGAACUUCAAUCGCAACAGAAGCUUGAAUCAACUAUACAACACGUUGAUCAGCACAAUGUAUUAGAUCCUAAAAAUAAAGGACUUCCUACUUGUAACUGUGCAGAUUGCACAAAAAAGAAUAAAAAUUCAGGACAAGUCAAAUCUCAAUCUAAUAUAAAUUCAUCUAAAAAAUCAAAGAAAUCUAAGAAUAAAAUCAAUGAAAGCAAAUCAAUGAGUACUAGUACAAAAAAGACUAGUAAACGUGAUAAAGUAAACAAAAGUCCAUCAAAAUCUACAGAAGAACCAGUCAAAUCUGAAAUUUGUAGAACUAAACCCAUCAGCGUCGACAGUGAGUGGCAUGAUAGCAAUGUAUACAAAGAUACAUCUUCGUCUGAGCAUCUAAUGGAUGAUCUUAUGGACAGCAACAAAAGAUAUACCAUGUGGAUUGAAGUAAAAAAGCGCCUUAAUACCAAAACAAUUAACAGGAAUGGUCGAUCUUCCAGCGAACACUCUUCACAAGAUUAUGGUUAUUCGUCAGAGCACAAUGUUAGCAGCCCGUCUCUACCCAGUACACCAGAAGGUUCUGAAGUGGCAUGCAGUGACGGAUGCUGUAACCAUGAAGGAGAAUGUCCGGAUGUAAGAACCGCAGAUAAACUUUCUAAUGUAGAUUCAAAUCUCUGUAUAUUGAGAGAGCAUGGUGGGGGUCUUACGUUAUCUCAAAUGUUGGAGGAUUAUUUAUCUGAAGAAGAAGAUGAUUAUAGUUAUAUUCCUGUUGAAGAAGUAUUAGAAUUUAAAUCACGUAUGUGCCAGGUUGCAAAGAAACGUCAGGAACUACGUCAAACGCUGAAAAAGCGUUUCGCUAUAUUGUGCAGCCAUCAUAAACCAUUCACCAUUCCUCGCUAAUGAUUUCCAUUAGAUGUUGUUAAAAGUGUUCUUUUUUUCUACGUCAAUUUUACUACGAACAAAAAAACUCAAUCAUGUAUGUACAAUAAAUCCAUUUUUUUUUCUUUUUUGAAUGAAAUGUUUAGUUCUCACAGUCCAUGAAAAAUCCAUUUUAUAAAACAAUAGUUUAUAUUUUAUACUGAUUCAUAUCCAGUACUCAGUGCAUUUGAUAAGUAUUGUUAUGACUAUUAAACUGUAAGAUUUACGAGGAUUGAAUUGAAUAAUUAAGUAGUUUGAAAAUGCGAUCAACGUCACGUUGAUUGAAAAGAUCGAUUCCAAGUUAACAUACAUUUAGAACAAAGAAAAAGAAUCGAAUUCAUCUGUAUCAAGAUUUAAUAAAAAAUGGCACAGCAUUCUAAACUUUUUACAGUUGAUGUGUCUUCCAGUAUUAAAGUUUAUUAUGCAGAUAUGUAGAAACUUUUCUUUAUUAUUGUAACAUAGUGUAAUAUAUCUAUAAAUGUUCAACGUUUGACAAGUAAUGCAUGUUUUCUACUAAAAUUGAUCAUUUUUUUUCUAUUGGAAGAAUGAAGUACGUUAUAUCAAAAUGAUUCUAAGAAUUCAUUUACAAUAAACUUUUGUAAAGAGUAUACAAAAACAAACUUCUUGGAAUAAACAUUAUUAAGCCUGAUGUAAAAAAUAUAAAUUAAUAAAAGUCUUGAAUAUAUUUCUUGUUGAAUAUUUAUACCUAUUGUAUUGUAAAAUAGUGUGGACUGUGGGAUGAAUCUGUUAGUGAAUGAAAAUUUAUAUUUUUUAAAUGAUCAUUGGCGCAAAAAAUCGGACAGUAUACUGUCCGCAAUCUGAUUACAAUAUAAGCACAUGAAAAUAAGUUGCGAUUGUAAUGAAUUAUACAAUUUAUCAAAGAUUUAAUAUAAAAUAAACGUUGCAUUCCA